UCCAAGUACAGAAUCUCUUUCCCAAUUAUUAUAGAAGAAUUUCUCCAAUGGCUUCUUUCCCACCUCCCUCUUUCUUCAGUCUUAUACUCGACAAAUCUGCUACUAACCUGAAAAUAUCAACUGAGUUUGUGACUAAACACUUGAAGAACAAAAUCCCAAAAGGCCCAAUUAUUAUAUGUGCAGAUGGGGGGUAUUCAUGGAGUUUAGAGAUCAAGAAAAUUGGUGAAGACUAUUAUUUUGACAAUGGAUGGACUAAUGUUGUCAAAGAUACAAACUUUAUGUUUGGGGAUUUUGUUUUGUUUACACUUGUUGAUGAUAUAUGCAAAUUUGAGAUGUUUGUUUAUGAUAAAAAUAGUUGUGAAAGAAGUUUGCCCACGAAAGUUAAGGUUGAAGAUAAUAGUGUUGACAAUAUUGCUGCUAAUGUUGAUGUUGUUAAUGAUGAUAAUGUUGUUGAUGAUGAUGAUGAUGAUGAUGAUGAUGAUGUUGUUGAUAUGGAUGGUGAUGAUCCUUUCUUCAUAUCGACAAUCUCGAAAGCCCACAGAACAAAAUUGCGGCUUCCGGAUGAAUUUGUGGAGUCGGCCGGAAUAGAAGAUGAAAGAAGCAUAAUGUUGAAGAAUCUUGAUGGAGAAGAAUGGCGAAUGGGCUUGAGGCCAGGAAAAGUUAAUCAGUCCAAAAAGUUAUAUAUUUCAUCGGGCUGGGCUGAUUUCCAGCAAAGUAAUGACUUAAAGGAAGGAGAUGAAUGUGUUUUGAAGUUCAUCAGAAGCAAAGGUAAGAUACUUCUAGCAAAAGUCACCAAGAAAAAAAGGCCAACAAGGCAGUUACAAGCAUCUGGUGAAUCCUCCAAGACUAAAGUAGUGAAGAAGAAGAGGGGACGGGAGCUACAUGCACAUGGUAGAGAUUUGGAUGUGGAAAGUGAAGAUGAAUACAUAGAACCGGUGAAGAAGAGAUUCCGUGGUAAUGAUGACGAUGACAAAGAUGAUGAUAGUGAUGAAGAUGAAUAUGGAGAAGGUGAUAGUGAUUAUGAUGGUGAUGGUAAUGAAGUAGAAGAAGAUAAUGUAGAAGAAGAAGACGGUGUUGAUAUUGAUGGCCAUCCUUUCUUUACGUCUACUCUCUCAAUUAGCUACAGAAGUAAACUGUGGUUUCCGGCUAAUUUUGUGAGGUUGGCUAGAAUAGAAGCUGCCAGAACCAUAACAUUGAAGAAUCUUGACGGGGAAGAGUCGUCAAUGAGGUUGCAUCGGAUGGAGAAAGAUAGUCAGAUAAGGUACUAUAGUUCAUGGGGGUGGCCUGGUUUUCAGCGACGUAAUAAAUUACGGGAAGGAGAUAAAUGCUUAUUCAAGUACAUCACAAGUGAAGGUAAAAUUUGUCUAGCAAAAGUUACCAAGAAACAAAGGCCAACAAGGCAGUUACAGGCAUCUGGUGAAUCCUCCAAGACUAAAGUAGUGAAGAAGAAGAGGGGACGGGAGCUACAUGCACAUGGUAUAGAUGUGGAUGUGGAAAGUGAAGAUGAAUACAUGGAACCGGUGAAGAGAUUGCGUGGUAAUGAUGAUGAUGACAAAGAUGAAGAUAGUGAUGAAGAUGAAGAUGGUGAAGGUGAUAAUGAUUAUGAUGAUGAUGGUAAUGAAGGAGAAGAAGAUAAUGUAGAAGAAGAAGACGGUGUUGAUAUCGAUGGCCAUCCUUUCUUUACGUCGACUAUCUCAAUUAGCUACAGAAGUAAACUGUGGUUUCCGGCGAAUUUUGUGAGGUUGGCUAGAAUAGAAGCUGCCAGAACUAUAACAUUGAAGAAUCUUGACGGACAAGAAAUGUCAAUGAGGUUGCUUCGGAUGGAGAAAGAUAGUCAGGUAAGGUACUAUAGUUCAUGGGGGUCGCCUGGUUUCCAGCGACGUAAUAAAUUACUGGAAGGAGAUAAAUGCUUAUUCAAGUACAUCACAAGUGAAGGUAAGAUUUGUCUAACAAAAGUUACCAAGAAACAAAGACCAGCACACCAGCCACAACUAUCUGCUGAAAUAGUGGGGACUAAAUAUGUCAAGAGAACGAGGGGGCGUGAGGACGGUGGAGAUAUGGAUGUGGAAAGUGAUGAGUGUAUGGAAGUGAUGAAGAGACCACGUCAUGAAGAUGAAGAUGAUGACGAUGGUGAUCCUUUCUUUAUUGUGACCAUCCGGGAAGUUAAAUAUUUGCGGCUUUCAAAGGAAUUUGUGGGUUUGCCUGGAAUACAUGCAGGCGGGACCAUAACGUUGAAGAAUGUCAAAGGAGAAGAGUGGAAAAUUGGGGUAGUGUGUGAUAAAUCGUAUUGGAAAUCAGAGAGGUACCUUUUGCAGACAGGAUGGCUUGACUUCCGGCGAAAAAAUAAUGAUAUAUCGGCUGGUGAUGAAUGCAUAUUCAAGUUUAUCAGGAAUGAAGGUAAGUUUUGUCUAGCGAAAGUCACUAACUAACAAAGACCAGCAUGGAAGUCAGAACCAUCUUGUGGAAUUACUAACGAUGGAAGGAAAAAAGGUAAAGUUUUGUCUAGCGAAAGUCACCAAGAAACAAAGACCAGCAUGGAAUUAACAGACUUUUACUUUAGGUUUUUUAUUCGUCAUGGCUUUUUUUGUCAAAACAUAUCAGCUUGUUAUGUUAUUAAGAACUUUUAGAUAGUAUAUUACAUCUAUGGUUUAUAAUUUUAUUGUUAGUAUUAAUUUAGAGUAAGUAUAGACAAUUAGACAUCGUGUAUAUGAGAUAAUGUUUGUCAUAGAUUAUAAAGUUAGUUUAAAAUUUCAGUCA